AUGGCUGAAUUGACAUACGAAGAUGAAACUAUUGGGAUGAAAGGUGUCAGCCACGUUAUAGAAGAUAAAACAACCGACAAAGAUGGUCGUUGUUCGGAAACAGAGCAGGGAAAUACGCGGAGAUUCAAAUAUUAUGAAGACGUCAGUACAUCAUUUUCCCCGACAUUUUCUCCAUUAAGACAUCCUCAUAUUUACCAUCAGGAGAAAAACGAACAACAGUUCUCAGCCCAUGGCGUGGACGCUACUUCUACCCCUGGCCAGAGGUUUGAACCAAUGUCGCUGACGUGUGCGGCCCGCGGGGAUUUCAGUCAUCUGUCCGGACAUAGACGGGAGUCAAACCCGAUUGAUACAGCUCAAAACUUGAGCCAUCGAGACUCCGAUAAAGAUAUCCCCCACAUGAACUAUUGUUUCGCUGAACACGGACAGUGCACGCGUCCAAUUGUGUUUCCGGGAAAACCCGACAUGAAAAGUGGCAAAGGGCGUCAGAGUCUCUCUCCCCACGGCCGAUCACACCAUUUCUCUCGAGUGCUGUACAAGAAUACAACUGCAGGAACUUUAGAACGACGGCAAACGGAAUCCAAAAUGGCUGAUCAACUCGCACUACAAGAAAGUAUCACCGUUCAACAAGCAAGUUGCUUUCAUGAGGAGAGUCUUUUCAAACCAGUUCUCAGCAAUUCAUUGUCUUCCCAAUUCAAACAAGAUUCAAACACUGCGUUUAGCUGCCUCCUUUCCAAGGCAACGGAAGAAAAUAUGAAUCACAACCGCGUCAGCCUAGAAGGUGGGGAUUAUCGUCUGUGUGCGGCCGCACCUGUGACGUCACAGCCCGACACAAACGUGUCUGACGCCAUGACUGAGCAGGGAAGUCCUCCAUACAGAGACAGUGUGGGUGAAAGUAAUUACAGUAGCAGCAACAGCAGCAACAGCAGCAACAACAACAAUAGUAGCAACAACGGCAGCGGUAGCAGCAGCAGCGACAACAACAGGAAUAAUGAUAGUUAUGGUAUCAGUAGGGAUGAUGAUGAUGACGAUGAUGAUAGUGGUGGUGGUGGCAGGGUUGAGGGCAAAGAGAAAGAUGAAAGCGACACCCCACAGUUUUCUUUCUUUGACGAGGCUCAAGAGUAUGAAAGCCAUACUGAUACACAGGAGGACGAGCGCUGCAGGGGCAGUCACUGCAACAACAACAGCAACAGCAACAACCGUAGCACCAGCAACGAUGACAACAAUAACACCCACAGCACAGACUCAGGAUCAUCUACUACUUCCACCUUCCCACCAACACCAACACCACCAUCAUCCUCCUCAUCAUCGUUCGGAACCCACAGUCCCAGCGACAACGACAACGACAACGACAACGACAACAACAUCAUCAGCAAAACUUCCCAGAAAAACAAAAAAAAGAAAAGGCGGCGAGGUCUUUUAGCCAACCUGCUUAAGUCAGCCCCGGACGAACACAGGCUUCUCAAGAUCACUCUCUGGUUCCCUGUGGGUGUGGUCAUCGCUCUGGCGCUGCACUUCCUGGUCAUCGACAAGCUUCAGCUGGACAAACUGACCAAACUGCUGGUGGGCGCUGGCCUGGGUCUCCUGCUGGCCUUGACCUUUGCCCUGAGUCUUCAGAUGCGCUGUGUGACGUGCUUGGUGGUGCCCACGUUUGUGGGGAAGGCGGGUCGCUCGUAUAUCGCCGCCUUCGCUAUCAUCUAUCUCAUUGAUGGGCCUAUUGGGAAUAUUGUGGAUAACUCCAAGGAAGUAGUCCGCUCCCUCACCUGCACGUCCGCCCUACUAGCCAACCACUCCCGCGAGAAGUGGAAACUACGUCUUCACCCGGUGGAGGGAGCCCUGGGUGACCUACAGAAGGACGGCUUCCUCUUGUCCAGGGCGUCCCGUCUGAUCGAGAAGGCGUUCACGCCCCUGAAGAAGGAGAUCGAGAAGAACGAGAGAGAGAACGAGGAGCUGGAGAGAGAGAUCGUCCAGGCGGAGGAAAAGUCCGGCUCUCAAGAGGGGGUGGUCGCCAAGGUGGAGCAGCAGCACAGGGAGGACCAGGAGGAGGCGGACCCAGGAAAACGUGUGGAGAAAGAAUGGUCAAAGAAGCUUGCCUUGCGCUGUGAAGACACUUUCAGCAAAGGUCCGCAUGCAGUACCGCGUGGUGGGCUCGGCAGAGGUCCUAGACUACAGCCCUGUGGAGGAACUUCGUCAGGCCACCGUGCACGAGGUAGACCAGAAGAGCCGUCUGGUGGGCUACUUCUUCUCCUUCAUCUCUCACGUGCUGGCCUUCACCUUCCUCCUCAUCUUCAAGAGCGCCUACGAGUACAACAAAGCGACCUGAGUCAUGACAACAUCUACAUCACCGGCUAUUUCCGGCACAUCGACGCGCGCAGACAUGCGCAGAGCAAGCGGACGUUACUUCCGCUUAAACGGUUUGAGAAGAAGGACGUCAUCUUUCCCGGCUCUGUAGGUAUCUGGUACAGGCUUCAUGAGUGCCCUCGUCCGCGGCUUCCUCCAAAAGUUUAACUCCAAACACACCCUGAACCAAGUGACCACUAACCACGCAUGCCUGCCAAACCCCUCAAAAACUGAUGACGUCAUUGUAGGUUUUAUCUUCGCCACCUACGUCAUGGUUUGGCUAUUCAUUUACUUCGAGUCGUUUGGACUACGUAUGAGACGAGUGAUCGCCUCCUUCUUCUACCGGAAGCGCGAGAAGAAGCGAGUGCUGCACUUGUACAACGAGAUGUACCGGAAGCGGCUAGGCUACCUACGUCACAUGCGCCACAGGGUGCGCAAAAAGCUCCGGGCCCGAGAACUCAAGAUGAACGUCGGUGCCAUAGUAGCUCUGCAGCGCCAGUUCCCCAUCCUGUGCCGCUGUCUCUCUGUGUGUAAGUCUGCCAAGAAAACCUGCAUCAUCUGUGACGAGCGCGAGCGGCGUGGGUUCCAUUCUUGCCCGACGUCUGGGUGCGGGGUGGCCUAUUGUCCGGAGUGCUGGAGAGAUGUCAAGAAAAAAUGUUACGCGUGUGGAGAGGACAGUGAGGCGGAGAGCGACGCCAGCGACCUAAGCACGCUCACAGAAGACGAUGACGACGACGACUAAUUCUCGUGACGUCAGGACGGGCCUCUGAAGUCUCAUUUCUUUUG